ACUGUCCCAGAGCAAGGCUGAGUGGAGCAAGGAGGAUGUGGAGCUGCAGCUGGAUGGGACAAUGUGUCGUUGCACUGGCUACCGCCCCAUCCUAGACGCCUUCAAGUCCCUCACACCACAGGACAUUGAGGAUGUACACAAGACGAGAUGCCCAACCACUGGCAAGACGUGCUCUGGCUGCUGCUCCAACAAGCCAAGGGGGAGGGGAAGAAAGUGUGUGGCAAGAAGUCUGGUGGUCCUCUGAAGCUGAAGGACACCACCUGGCAUAAGCCAUCCUCCCUGCAGGAACUGCUUGACACUCUUGCCGGCCUUCCUGAGGGGGUCAAGUACACGCUGGUCUGUGGGAACACGGCCCAAGCGGUGUACGAAGGAGGGCCAUACAGUGAGUACAUCUACACUGGCAACAUCCCUGAACUGUCGGCGGUGAGGCUGGAGACAGAUGGCCUUGUGUUUGGUGCCAAUGUGUCCAUCACCCGCCUCAUGGAGCAGCUGUUCCUCGCCGCCAAGAGCCUCGGUGGGUUUGCUUACGUCUCCCACCUCGCCGAGACCUGGAAGCACCUCGGCAACACAUCCCUGCGCAAUCUGGGCAGUUGGGGAGGAAACAUUGCCACCAAAGUGAUUCACCCUGACUUCACCUCAGACAUCUUUGUGGGCCUGGUGACAGCCGGAGCCACCAUCACCACAGUUGGUCCAGAUGGCUCCAGCGACACCCACACGCUGGAGGAACUGAUGGAGGUUGACUUGGUGGGACAGCGAAGGGUCAUCCUGCAGCUCAGCCUCCCACCACUGCCUGAUAAUGUCUUUGUGAGGACCAUCAAGGUGCGGCCCAGGACCUCCACUGCCCUGGCUGAUGUGAGUGCUGGCUUCAAGGUGCGGGUGGAUGCGGCAGCGGCACACACUGUGGUAGACUCCCCUGUUAUUGUCUACAAUGGCAUCAACCCGUCAUUCAUCCGCGCCACUGCAGCAGAGGCAGCCCUGGCCGGGAAGAGCCUGGAGGAUGAGGCAGUGGUGCAGGCGGCCCUGUCAGCCCUGGCCACAGAGGUUGUUCCUGCCAUCAAGCCUGGGGAGACCUCACCAGAGUACAGGCUGUCCCUCACCCAGACCCUGCUCUACAAGAUGGUGCUUGGAGUUCUUGGUGACUCGGCCAGCAGUGCAGUGGUGAGCGGGGCUGAUGAGUUGGUGCGUCCUGUGUCAAGCGGCCAGCAAACCUUCCCUGAGAAUCCUGAAGCCUGGCCAGUGGGGAAGCCUGUGACCAAGUUGGAGGCACCCAUCCAGUGCAGUGGUGAGGCUGAGUAUGUCACCAAGAUCCCGGCACACCCUGGAGAGCUGCAUGGCGUCUUUGUCACCUCAACACAAGCCAACGCUCGGCUUGUUUCCAUCGACACCACAGAUGCCCUGGCCAUCCCAGGAGUUAUGGGCUUUGUUGGAGCUGAAGACAUUCGUGGCCAGAACAACAUGCUGGCCUUUGCUGCAGACUGGACCCCCGGCAGCUCCCAGCCGGUGUUUGCAUCGGAGCGUGUGGAGUACCAUGGCCAGCCAAUCGGCCUGCUGGUGGCCACCACCAAGAAUGCAGCUCAGGCCGGCCUGGCAGCAGUGAAGGUCACCUAUGAUGACAUCCAGCCACCAGUGGUCACCAUAGAGGAGGCCCUCACCAAGCCCCUUCCUCCCAACCCAUUUCCUCCUGUGGUGAUAGGAGAUGUGGCAGCUGGCUUUGCUGCCUCCACCCACAUCAUUGAGGGCACCAUGCAAAGGGGUGGGCAGCUCCACUACCAGCUGGAGACUCAGAUAACAAUUGUGAACCCGACGGACAAUGGCUUCGAGGUCCACAGCUCCACCCAGUGGGCCUCUGAGACCCAGCGUGCCAUUGCCCAGGUGCUGGAUGUGCCCGACAACCAAGUGCAUGUGAGUGUCAAGCGUCUUGGUGGAGGCUUUGGCGGCAAGAUUGACCAGUGCAACAUAGUGUCAACAGCCACUGCUUUGGCUGCCCAGAAGAUGCGGCGGCCAGUGCGCGUCCAGCUGGAACUCAGCGACAACAUGAGAAUUGUGGGAGGCAGGGAAUCUUACCUGUGCAGUUACAAGGUUGGGUUUGAUGAUGCUGGCAAGCUGCAGGCAGUGCAGGCUGUACUCACUUCUAACUCAGGCUACAGGGGUGUUGAUGUAAGCACUCCAUCAGCCGUGGCUGCAAUGCCAUCCUGCUAUGACUGCCCCAACUGGGAGCUCACCCCACAGUUUGUCGUCACCAACACCCCUGUCACCACCUGGUGCCGCACCCCAGGAACUGUGGAGGGCAUCUGCUACAUGGAGAACAUCAUGGACCACGUGGCAGUGGAGCUCGGCCUGGAUCCCCUGGAGCUGCGGCAGAAGAACCUCCUCCCAGACGGUGGCAGGAGGCGACUGGGCAAGCAGAUCAUCCAGCUGCGCUCCCGCAUGGCAGGCUGCAAUGUGAAGGACUUGCCAGAUGAGGUUACAAUUCCAAGGAACCUCAUCUCAGACAUGAUCACUCAGCUGUUGACCUCGGCAGAUGUGGAGAAACGCAAGGCGGAUGUGGAACAGUUCAACAAGGACAAUCUGUGGAAGAAGCGUGGCCUGACAGUGAUGCCCAUGCUGUGGCCUCACUCUGUGCCGCCUGUGUACCCCUUCAGUGUGAUGGUGUCUGUCAAUGCUCGCGAUGGUUCAGUGUCCAUCUCCCACGGCGGGGCAGAGAUGGGACAGGGGCUCAACACAAAGGUGGCUCAAGUGGCAGCCUAUGAGUUGGGCAUCAGCAUGGACAUCAUCAACUUCGUGCCCAACAACACCCAUACCAACCCUAACUCCUCCAGCACCAGCGGCUCCCUGGGCUCUGACACCUGCUCCCAUAGUGUGGGUGAGGCCUGCAAGAUCCUGCGUGCCCGCCUGGAUGCCUACAAGCAGGAGGCCGGCCUGCUCGACGCUUCCUGGCAGGAGGUGGUGCUCUCUGCCUUCAAUGCUGGGGUGGACAUCUCUCAGAGAUACGUGAAUGGGAAUGGCGAGACCCAGGGCUACGGAGUGUUUGGGGUGGCCUGCAGUGAGGUGGAGCUUGAUGUCCUCACUGGCCAGUACAUGAUCCUGCGCACAGACAUCCUGGAGGAUGCAGGGCGCUCCCUCAGCCCCCUGGUGGACAUUGGACAGAUUGAGGGAGGCUUUGUGAUGGGCCAGGGACUCCUCAGCCUGGAGAAGAUUGAGUUUGAUGCCACCACUGGGAAGAAUUUGACAGACAGUGUGUGGACUUACCACACCCCCAUGGCCCUGGACAUCCCUGUGGACAUCCGAGUCACUCUGCUGCAGGACGCCCCUAACCCUGUGGGCGUACAAUCCUCCAAGGUGACGUCAGAGCCUCCCGUGUGCCUGGCCUACUCUAUGGUGAUGGCACUGAGGCAGGCCGUGACCAGUGCCAGGCAGGACGCAGGCACAACCGGAUGGUUCCAGAUGGAUGCUCCACUCACCUAUGAGAAACUGCAGCAGCUGUGCCUUGUGGACGCCAGCCGGCUCACCCUUGCCUAGCUUGCCCACCACCACCAUCAUCAGUGGCCCCACCUGCUGUGCGCUGUGUGACUGACAAGGAUAAGCCUUCUGUGGGAUUCAUUCCCUAGAAAGAAAGUCUGUUGCUGGUGUUUACAUUUAUAUUCACAUCAUUAAUUACUUUUGGACAUGUAUAGGUACUGAGGGCUCAGCUUAAUAAGAAUAGUAGCUUUACCACAAGUUAGAAGUUUGCUGACAAGGAUUUGAACAAAAUUAUACAAACAGAACAUUGAAAUCAUGUUGCUUUUAUCUUUAAUUGUAACUAAUCUUAUAAGGGUUAAGUCAAUAAUGACAGUAUAACAUGGACACUUUAAUGACUCAGUUUUCAUGCACACCCUCCUCCUUCCUCCUGGUGAGUCACUGCCACCAUGCAUAGCCGGUCACCAGUGAGUCAGGCACCACACACUAAUACUAAUUCAUGUGUUGAAAAGAAUAAUUAGCUAGACUUCAUUGGUAUAAGUAAAAGAUUCACAAGUAAUUCUUGAAGUGCUUUUGUAAUGAAUUGAAAUUUAAUAUUCCCUGAGUUUGUAAGUCAUUAUCAAUCCAAGGAAUAAACAUUAAUUUUGUACCAAGCUGGACAUUGUUGACAAUAAUGAAAAGUGAGCCACAGAGUGCCAGUGUCAGCCUAUCUGGUUGGCACUUGGCUGGGCGCUGUCUGUAUGUGUGUGGCAUUGUGGGAUUUGUUACGCAUUUAGUCUUCAAGACAUAUUAUACUGGUAUUUUUCAUUUACUUCUAUUAGCAUAGCAACAUGUAGCACCUUACACAUAUAAUAUUGAAAGUUUAGUAAUGACAACUGACUGCAAAAUAUAUAUUCUUAAUUUGCAUAAUGUAUCAUCAGCAUUCAGAGAAAUGUAUUCAUCUUAUGUGAUUAUAUAUAGAUAUAGAUAUAUAUAAAUAUAUAUACAAAAUGCAUA